AUGAGUCUGCUCAACUGUGAAAGCAGCUGUGGGUCCAGCCAGCCGGACAGCGACUGUUGUGCUGCCAUGGCCAGCUCCUGUGGCGCUGCCGCCAAAGACGACAGUGUCAGCGGCAGCGGCAGCACGAGGAACCUCUCCAGCUCCUUUGUGGAAGAGCUCCAGGGCUAUGACGUGGAGUUCGACCCACCCCUGGAAAGCAAGUACGAAUGCCCCAUCUGCCUGAUGGCAUUACGGGAAGCAGUGCAGACACCGUGUGGCCACAGGUUCUGCAAAGCGUGCAUCACCAAGUCCAUAAGGGAUGCAGGUCACAAAUGUCCAGUUGACAAUGAAAUACUCCUGGAAAAUCAACUUUUUCCUGAUAACUUUGCAAAGCGAGAGAUUCUGUCUCUGAUGGUGAAGUGUCCAAAUGCAGGUUGUUCGCACAAAAUGGAACUAAGGCAUCUCGAGGAUCAUCAGGCACAUUGUGAGUUUGCUCUUGUGGAUUGUCCCCAGUGCCAACGUUCCUUCGAAAAAUGCCAUCUUAAAGUUCACAUUAUCAAGGAUUGUCCAAGGAGACAGGUUUCCUGUAAGAACUGUGUUGCACUGAUGGCAUUUGAAGAUAAAGAGCUCCAUGACCAGAAGUGUCCUUUGGCAAACGUCAUCUGUGAAUACUGCAAUACCAUGCUCAUCAGAGAACAGAUGUCUAAUCAUUAUGAUCUAGACUGCCCUAUGGCCCCGAUCCCGUGUGCAUUCAGUGCUUUUGGUUGCCAUGACAAGAUGCAGAGGAACCACCUGGCCCGCCACCUGCAAGAGAACACCCAGUUGCACAUGAGAAUGUUGGCCCAGGCUGUUCAAAACUUAAGCCUUGCUUUAUCGCCCAGGCCUCAGUGUUACGUGCUUCCGUAUGAUACUGCCUCUGUGUCCCAAGUUUCCUCUGGGUGUAAUUCAGAGGUCCAGAAUUUCCAAGAAACCAUUCAGCAGUUAGAGGGUCGCCUUGUAAGACAAGACCAUCAAAUCCGGGAGCUGACUGCUAAGAUGGAGACUCAGAGCAUGUAUGUAGGUGAGCUCAAACGGACUAUUCGAACCCUUGAGGACAAAGUUGCAGAUGUGGAAGCAAAACAGUGCAAUGGGAUUUACCUCUGGAAGAUUGGCAACUUUGGGAUGCACUUGAAAUCCCAAGAGGAGGAGAGACCUGUUGUUAUACACAGUCCCGGAUUCUACACUGGCAAACCCGGUUACAAAUUCUGCAUGCGCCUGCACCUCCAGUUACCAAGUGCUCAGCGCUGUGCAAACUACAUCUCCCUCUUUGUCCACACAAUGCAAGGAGAGUAUGACAGCCACCUGCCUUGGCCCUUUCAGGGGACAAUACGCCUUACAAUUCUAGAUCAGUCUGAUGCACCUGUAAGGCAGAAUCAUGAAGAGAUCAUGGAUGCCAAGCCAGAGUUGCUUGCCUUCCAGCGACCCACAAUCCCCCGGAACCCGAAGGGCUUUGGUUAUGUGACUUUUAUGCACCUGGAAGCCCUAAGACAACGAACCUUCAUUAAGGAUGACACAUUAUUAGUGCGCUGUGAGGUCUCUACCCGCUUCGACAUGGGUAGCCUUCGGAGGGAGGGCUUUCAGCCCCGAAGUACUGAUGCAGGAGUAUAG